AGCAGCUCCAGCUUCCCAUCCUUCCUCUCCCUCUGCUUCCAAUUCGCGACUCUCUGCUGGCUCUUCUGCAACACCUUCCAACGCUCUUCCGAUCCUUUUUGCUGCCCUUUUCCAGCUUUCCAGCUAUCCACUGCCCAUUUUUUGCUCUUUGCUCUUCUUAUCUGCUUCACAAUGGCUUCUGCUGCUUCCUGGACCUCCUUUUUGAAAUCAAUUACCUCCUACAAUGGUGAUUUAGCUUCAUUGACAGCUCCACCUUUUAUUUUGUCCCCUGUUUCUCUUGUUGAGUAUUCUCAAUACUGGGCUGAACACCCAAACUUGCUAUUGGCUCCUAAUUUCAUAUCCAACAACCCCAAGACACAAUCUGACAACGACGACGACGACAACGACGACGAUGACGACUAUGAAGCCGACGAAGAUAACAUUGACGUCAAAAAAAUUCUAGCUGUAACUAAAUGGUUUAUUGCCACUUUGAAAUCCCAAUAUUGCUCAAGAAACGAAUCAAUGGGUUCUGAAAAGAAACCUUUGAAUCCAUUCCUAGGUGAAUUGUUUACGGGUAAAUGGUCCAGUGUUUCAAAAGACCCAAAAGACUCAAAAGACUUGGGUGAAACUAUCUUGCUCAGCGAACAGGUCUCUCACCAUCCUCCUAUAACUGCCUACGCAAUCAUUAAUGAAAAACACAACACAACCUUGCAAGGUUACAACAGAAUCAAAGCUUCAAUCUACACCUACACCCUAUCUGUCAAACAGUUUGGCCAUGCUAUCCUCCAAUACAAAAACUCAAAUGAUUCAUACUUAAUAACUCUUCCUGGCCUCCACAUAGAAGGUUUAUUAGCCGCUUCCCCCUUUGUUGAACUAGAUGGUAAAUCUUACAUUCAAUCCUCCUCCGGUUACUUGUCCGCUAUAGAAUACUCUGGCAGAGGCUACUUUUCUGGAAAGAAAAACACUUUCAAAGCAAAAAUCAUAAAAAAUAACGAAGCCAAAAUCAACCUUAAAAAGAAAUCCCCCGAAAAAAUUUUAUACACAAUCCAAGGUCAAUGGUCUGAAAAAUCUUACAUCAGUAAAUACAACUCCUCCGCAAAAAAAUUAUUCUACGACGCAAACUUGAUCAAACCAGAAAUUCUCUCAGUCAAACCAAUUGAAGCUCAACAUCCUCUAGAAUCAAGAAAGGCCUGGUUAGAUGUUGCUGAAGCUAUUAAAUCUGGUGACUACGAUUUAAUCCACAACAAAAAAUCAAAAUUGGAAAACGACCAAAGAGAAUUAAGAAAAAUAGAAAUUGAAAACAACACUCCCUGGAAAAACAGAUGGUUCACUGAGAUCGACUUAUCUGGCAAAGAAUUACCGGCUUUAGGCCAAAAAUCUGACCCCUUUACCACCCUCUCAACUCUAGCCAACCUAUCUAAAAAUGACGUUCCUUCUGGUACUCCAAUCGGUGAUAAAGAAGAUGAUCCAAAUGCUCAUUCUAAACACUGGAGAUUAAACAUUGAUGCCUAUAAAAAUGAAUCUGAAAUUACUCCUCCCAAGAAUUAAAAAAAAAAUAACAAAAUCGAAAUCGAAAUCGAAAUCGAAAUCAAAAUCAAAAACAAACCCUGUUUUUCUCAACCUCACUUCAUCAUCUAUAUAUCUCUACUAAAUCUUUAUUAAAUUUCAUUUUUUCACUUAUCUUCUUUUCACUUUUUAAUCUGUUUUCCUUAUCGUUUUUUCCUUUUUUCUUUGCUUUUAUACUUGUCUUGUUCACAAUCUUCAUCAAUUUCUCUUUUUAUUGUUUCUCUUUUAUCUAAUUUUAAUUGACUUGAUCAUUUCAAUUAUCGUACUCUAUAUCUUUACCUUUUACCUUUUACCUUUUGCCUUUUACUGUUGAUGUUUUCCCUUUUUCCUUAUCUUAUUUAACAACUUUCUUCUCUUUUAUAUAAUUAUAAUCGGAUAUCUUGUCUUGCAUUUGAACUAAAAAAGACGUUUUCAUUUAAAGUUCAAAUACGAAAAACGAGAAAAC